GGCUGCAGUUUUGAAAGCGCAGUUUUCGCUUGAAAUAGCUCAGUGACUGAGGCCUAGACAAAUUAGAGAAUAACUUCGAAGCUAUUUAACGAUGAAGAAUACAAUAUGUUUCGUAUUAAUACUUUCCUUUUAUGGAAAGUAUACAUUACAACAAGUAUUAUAUACAAAAAGCGUAUCUAUACGCUCAGAUGACUUCGAAAACAUAUAUAAUACAAAAAUAACAAAUGAACCAAAUCAAAAAAUAAAAAAUUGUGAUAGUACAGAAGAAUUAAAUUUAAGUGGAAUGAAUUUAAAAUUUAUUCCGAAUGAUAUUAUUCGAAGUGACGCCAUCCGUCAUGUGUCACUAGCCAACAAUUUUCUAAAGAAAAUUCCUCAAAAUAUUUUGUUUCACGUGACAUCAUUGUCUUGUUUGAACAUGUCACGGAAUAGUCUUAAUUUAUAUGAGGAAAAUAAAAUUCAUCACGCUUAUGUACGAGUACUGGACCUCAGCUAUCAAACGAUGGUGCAUAUCAAUGCCUUACCGGAACUGGAAGUUUUUGACGAAGAUUUAAGAAAGGAGAAGAACUAUGAACAUAUGAUCUUCGACAGCAGUAAAAUGAGACUACCAAAUGCCGAAUACCUUGAUUUAAGUGGGAACGACAUAUCCAGUUUGAACUGGGAUUUUAAUAUAUCUUUUCCGAAAUUGGUACGUUUAGAUUUAAUGAACAUCAACGCGGAAGAGUUGGACCCCAACUUUUUUAACAAAAUCCCGUCAUCUUUACGCAUCCUCCACUUGGAGGACAACUACCUCUACAAUUUAACGCUAGAGAAUCUAGCAGAAAUUGCAAGUUUACAUUUGGAUGGAAAUCCUAUUAAAAAACUCAAUAUAAAGUCUGCAACAUUGCUCACUUUGUCGUUAGCAAACUGCACGAUUUUAAAUGAAGAAGCUGUUCUUGAUACACCGAAUUUAGAGCAACUGGAUUUAUCAAGAAAUAAUAUGUAUAAUUCGAUUGAUAUUUUUUACGUAAACCCGUUAAAUGCACUGCGUAUACUUUUAUUAGAUAAUAAUGAACUUUCGCAUAUUCCUAUUCUAAGUAAUGUGCAGUGGCUUACCGAAUUGUCAUUGAGUUACAAUAUGAUAGAAUACAUUAAACCACACAGUUUUCAAUAUUUACAAUUCUUGAAUAAGUUGUCAUUGAAAAAAAAUAGGAUUAAUCGCAUUGACAAGGUAACUUUUUCGGGUUUAAAUAGAUUGGAAUAUUUAGAUUUAUCGGAAAACCAGUUAAGUUACUUGCCUACUGACUGGACACUGCCUUUAACCAACCUCCAAUAUUUAAAUUUAAAUUCAAAUCUAUUUGGAAGCAUAGGAGAUAUGGGAAUCUACUCAGUCCCAUCAUUGCAACACUUAUUUGUAAAAAAUAAUACUUUUACCAAAAUAACCACCCUAGAGUUAGAUCCGUUUCCGGAUUUCAUUACCGUAUACUUAUAUUAGUUUAAGAUGAUUCGUUUUUAUUGCUGUACGAUUAUAUCUACAGAUUACUAUUUUUAAUUUUCACUGCUUUUAUUAUUAAGCAUUUGUUUAGCGUUUAUUUGUUAUUCCGUUAUAAUAUAUAAUUGUUUCUCUAAUUUUAUUCGUCUAUCAUGUAAAACACAAAAAAUGUAACACGCCAUAAUUCGUAGUUAUAUUCCCGAUUAUUGUUUUCCAAAUACACUGCGAACUUUAAUGCUCGUUAUAUCACUUUUGUAAACUAAAAAUAAAAUAAUUAUUUAGUAUA